AAGGGAGGGAUAACGAUGAGAGGGAAGAAGCCUGUAGUUGGAGCGAAAAGCAAUACGAGACCCUGUGGAGAAUGAACUACGCGUCACCCAUUUCGAAAUAAGCGGCCGGAGCAGAUAAGUUGGACGAUCCUGGCCGACGGAUUCAUGCCACCAGGUGUGAAUUAAGACGUUGAAUGCACCAGCAACCAGUAGGCCGCUCAACCAUCCUGAUCUUCUACUCUAUAGAGGGCCUUCCAUUCAAGUCUCUACCUAUUCCCCGCCAUCCGCACUGUGGCGCUAUUCUCUCUCUCUCUGCCUUGUUUCCCCCUUUUUUAUACGUGUGUAGAGUAUAUGGUGGGCCGCUAGGGCCGUCCGCUGCUUUAGUAGAGUGCCGACUUUCACACAGUCAACACCGGUGACGGAACUCUGUGCUCGCAUUGUGCAUCGAUAUGCUCCUUAACAUCGUCCAGGUUUAAAGUUUGGGAUCAAUUUCCAGCUGGAGUGUCUCGAAAAUCCAACUUUGAAACUUGGUGAAAACUUUGCGUUUGUGUGACAACUCAUUCAGUUUGACUGGACAUUUAUACUUCGGCGAGUGCGUGAGUGACCGAGUGUGUCGAGUAAAUUUGAGUUGAAGCGCGUGUGCGUGAAACACGCCAAACAGUGAAAACGGAUAUCUCGUAGUUCAGCUGAAACGAAAAGUGAAAAGUAGAAACAAAACAAACGAAAAAAAAGAAAAAGCAAAGCGACAGUGUCACUGGUUCGACUCCAGGAAGACUAUGCUGUACCACGGUGGGCUAUCUACCGAUGGCCGUAGCACAGCACCAGCGGGCUAGAUUAUCUUCGUCGUCAGCAACAAAUACGUGGUGGCCGUCGUCUUCUUCUUCUUCGUCUGUUUGGUAUUCGGAAAGAUCGUUGUGGUGGCAGAGCGUCUUGCUCACGGACAAAAUGCGAGCCUUUCUCUUUUUGUGGAUUUUCGUCCUGCUCCUGCUCCAUGUGGCCGGCGGCGGACAGCGCGACGAGCCGGCCCGUUCGGCCGGCAAAGGUGCCGGUAGCGAUGCGGCCGCCUCGCCUUGUUCCAGACUUUGUCAGUGCGAGGCCAAUGCCGUGGAUUGUUCCAAUCGUGGACUGACUCAAGUGCCGCUGGAUUUGCCAAAGGACGCCGACAAGAUAAAUUUGGAAGGCAACAACCUGACCAGUUUGCUGAGCUCGGACUUUGAAGGCUUCACCAAUCUACGAAUCCUGCGUUUGAGCAAUAACCAACUGCAAUACAUCCCGGACUUGGUGUUCACGACGCUGGGCCAGCUCCAAAGACUGGAUUUGAGCCACAACCAGUUGACUGCUGUAGGCAAACGCACCCUCCGAGGACUCAACUCGCUGCGCAAUUUGCAACUGGAUAACAACCAGCUGACGUGCAUCGACGAAGCAGCUCUCCGCUCUCAGAAGGAAUUGGAAAUUUUGACGUUGAAUAAUAACAACUUGACUUCGCUGCCACGUGACCUGUUCGAGCCGCUGAGUCGGCUUCGCGUUUUACGCCUUUCGGAGAACAAGUGGCUGUGCGACUGCCAUCUAGCAUGGCUCGGCCGUUUCCUACGCCGCCACGCCCGUGCCGGCUCACCGCUGGCCGCCAACGGCUACCUGCCCCGCUGUCACGCCCCUUUCGGCCUCCGCAUCAAAGCCGUGUCGGAGCUUCUUGACACUGAAUUCAAAUGCACAGGAGCUGCUGAAAAGCCAUCGGAGGAAUGUUCGGCCCAGCCCGGCUGCCCGCUGAUGUGCCGCUGCGCCGAUGGCGUGGUGGAUUGUCGAGAUAAAUCUCUCAGCCGAAUCCCGCCCUAUUUGCCGGACAGCGCUACCGAACUGCGUUUGGAACAGAACCAGAUAACCGAAAUUCCGGCCAAAGCUUUCGCCGCUUAUAAAAAACUCAAGCGAAUCGAUUUGAGCAACAACCAGAUCAGCUCCAUCGCUGGCGACGCCUUUCACGGACUGAAAUCUCUAACGUCACUGAUUUUAUACGGCAACCGGAUCACCGAGCUUCCGGCUGGCAUGUUUCACGGUCUGACGUCGUUGCAACUUCUUCUACUCAAUGCCAACCGUAUUUCCUGCGUCCGACGAGAUUCCUUCAAAGAUCUUCACAACCUCAAUCUACUGUCUCUCUACGACAACAACAUCCCGACCCUGCUCAAUGGAACGUUCGACAGUCUUCGCAACAUUCAAACACUGCAUCUUGGAAGGAACCCUUUCUUGUGCGAUUGCUACCUCACGUGGUUGGCUGAUUAUUUGCACCGCAAACCAGUCGAAACCUCGGGCGUCCGUUGCGAAUCUCCCCGUCGAUUGCAGAGACGCCGCAUCGCCGUCUUGCGUGACGAGAAAUCACGCUGCAGUGAUCGUGACCUGGAACGCAAUCUGUUGGAAAUCAGCCCUUGUGAAGAUGAUCCGUCCUGUCCGGCUGAGUGUUCUUGCAAGGGAACUAUUGUCGAUUGCUCCAACAAAGGAUUGAAGGAGAUCCCACGUGAACUUCCUCUCUACACCACCGAACUGAUUUUGAACGACAAUGAGAUCGUCCGGAUUAAAGCGGAUGGCAUGUUCCGAGACCUGCCCAAUCUUCUUAAAGUCGAUUUGAGGCGAAAUCAAAUCUCUUCCAUCGAGAACGGAGCCUUCGAGGGAGCCAGCACGCUCGUUGACUUAAACUUGGCCGAGAAUGCCAUCCAGGAAAUCCACAACAAAAUGUUCACCGGACUGGUCAGCUUGCGGACUUUGUCACUGUUCCAAAAUAAGAUUACGUGCGUCACCCCGGGGUCGUUUGAUUACUUGAGAUCUCUCACUUCUUUGAAUAUUUUGAGUAACCCGCUGCACUGCAAUUGCCACAUGGCCUGGUUCGGCGACUGGUUGCGCAAAAAAGAGCAAGAGCUAAGUACGGGCGCGCCCCGCUGCGCCAGCCCGGCCCGCGUCAAGGACAUUCCACUUCAAGACAUGCCGUCGUUUGAAUUCCGCUGCACCGAGCUGGAUGACCAAGGAUGUUUGGGAGAGGAUUACUGCCCGCCGAAAUGCACGUGCACCGGCACCAUAGUUCGCUGCAGUCGGGCUAAGCUGCGCGAAAUUCCUAAGAACAUACCGCCGGAAACUACGGAGCUCUACCUGGAUGUGAACGAAAUCCAGUCCAUCCAGUCGGAUCGGCUCAGCCACCUGCGCGCCCUCACCCGGCUCGACCUCAGUAAUAACAUGGUCUCCGUUCUAUCCAACAACACCUUCGUCAAUUUGACGAAACUUUCCAGCUUGAUCGUCAGCUACAACAAACUGCAGUGCGUGCAGCGAAACGCCUUCUCUGGACUGCUCUCUCUCCGCAUUCUGUCGUUGCACGGGAACGAUGUAUCCAUGAUACCUGAAGGCGCUUUCACCGAUCUACAAUCCAUCACCCACUUGGCUCUUGGCUCCAAUCCAUUCUACUGCGAUUGCAAUCUUCGCUGGCUGGCCGAGUGGGUCAAACGAGACUAUGUUGAGCCGGGCAUCGCUCGCUGCGCCGAGCCGACGUUGUUGAGAGACAAGCUCCUUCUAACUUCCCCCGCUGAUCACUUCCAGUGCAAAGGCAAAAUUUCCAAUGAAGUGCUGGCCAAGUGCGACACGUGCUAUACCUUCCCCUGCAAAAACGGCGCCACUUGCCGGCCGACGGGCGAGAGGGAUUAUGAAUGCCUGUGCGCUCCUGGGUAUCACGGAAAACUUUGCGAGUCUGCCAUAGACGCCUGUUAUGGAAACCCUUGUCGCAAUUCUGCCAUUUGCAAAGUUUUAGAAGAAGGUCGUUUCAGUUGUCACUGCUCUGCUGGUUACGAGGGAGAUCGUUGCGAAACAAACAUCAACGACUGCCUGGAUCACAAGUGCGUCAACAAUGCCACCUGCGUCGAUCAAGUCGAAUCCUACCGUUGUGAUUGCCAGAGUGGAUACACAGGAACGUACUGCGAAAAGAAGAUCCAGUUCUGCACCAAAGAGUUCAAUCCUUGCAAAAAUGGUGCCAUUUGCUUGGACCGCGGUGAUCACUACACUUGCCAAUGCGCCCUUGGUUUCAGCGGUGAAAAUUGUACAAUUAAUAACGACGACUGUGUCAACCACAUGUGCCAGAACGGUGGCACGUGUAUUGACGGUAUUAACGAAUACACUUGCAAAUGUCCGCCUGAAUUUUCUGGCAAGUUUUGCGAGGCCUCCCCCAUGGUGAGUCUGUUAUACCCACAGACUUCACCUUGUCAACAGCACGAUUGCCAAAAUGGCAUUUGCUUUCAACCUCAAGGAUUGACGGAUUACAUUUGCAAGUGCGCCUCGGGUUACACCGGAAAGCGUUGCGAAUUUUUGACUAGCGUUAGCUUCGCCCAAAAUGGUUCUUACAUUGAGAUGCCAUCGCUGAAGACCAAACCAGAAGCCAACAUUACCAUGAUCUUCUCGACCGAAGAAGAAAACGGCAUUCUUGUCUACAAUGGAGAAUCGCAGCACAUCGCCGUCGAACUCUUCCGAGGCCGCGUUCGCGUCAGCUACGAUGUCGGAAACUACCCAGUUUCCAACAUGUUCAGCUACGAGACAGUGUCCGAUGGUCGAUACCACACCGUGGAGUUGCUGUCGCAGAAGAAGAACUUUACCUUGCGAGUUGAUCAAGGGAACGCUCGUUCCAUGAUCAAUGAGGGAGAGCACGAGUACCUGCGCUUGAGCACACCACUAUUUAUUGGAGGCCUGCCCAAUGAAGCGGCUGAGAAAGCCGCACGACAGUGGCAACUCAGAAACACCACUAGCUUCCGCGGUUGCAUAAAAGAACUCUGGAUCAACGGCAAGUUAACAGACUACGCUCAGGCUGCUACCAAACAGAACCGAAUCAUCCCUGGCUGUGCCAAUUCCGAAUCAGAGGACACGGUCGCCGAAAUGGUCAAGCCCAAAGCCAGCAACCUGAAAAAGGAUAAUGGACAGCGUGAAGUCAAAGACAGUGCCGCCCAGCCGCAGAGCUAUAUGAACACGCUCAAGACGUCAGUGCUGACUUCAUAUGACCCGUGCAAGGAUCACCGCUGCCGUAAGGGUCAGUGCGUUUCAAAGAAAGACGGCAAGAAUUACAGCUGCAAAUGUCAAGCUGGUUGGGGAGGCAAAUACUGCGACACUGCGCCGACAUGCCGGAAGGAACAAUACCGUGACUACUACAUGGAACACGGCUGCCGAUCGACAAAGCCAGUCCGGAAUUCCGUCUGCAGCGGCAACUGCGGUUCCGAUUGCUGCCGACCUCGACGCUCCAAGAAACGCCGCCUGAAGCUCAUCUGUAAUGACGGAACGCGCUACACCAAGGAGAUUGAAAUCGUCCGCAAAUGCGGCUGCUCUAGGAAGUGUCUGUAAGCGCUGCGAAAAGGCCACGUAAUCAAGUGCAGUAGCUGAACGAGGGUAAGACGUUGACAACAUAAACAAAAAAAACAAACAAAAAAAAGGAAAACAAUCGACAAAAUUACGGUAUAUAACAAAAAAAACCUUUGCUAGCGAUUUGAUUCUAUUUCUCUUCCUCCUAUCCCCUUGUAGCGUAUAUUUUUAACAGCAAUUUUUUAUUCUAUUACGUUUUGCUUCCUUUUAUUAUCAUUUUCCUCUUUUCAAGCUAUAAGAUGUCUGAUAGCAAGUCCCUUCCAUGUUGCUUUUUUUUUCGUUUGGAUCCCUUCGGAGUAUAAAUAAUUGGACAUCAGUGUAUAUUUAGCGAUUGGAAAAUCACGGAAGUGAACAAGCAACACAUGAAAAACAAAGUACAGCCGGAAAAGACUAAGAACAAAAAAAAAAAAGAAAUGUUGACUGAAAGGAUUUUCGAAUCGAUCCAAGUCAUGACGCAUAAUGAUUUCGGGUGUGGGUAGUUUUGAAUAUAUGCAUAGGACAGGGCAACCCGAGAAAUGUCUGUGCUUACGUUAGCCAUUACGUUGCCACUUUACACUCACUCACACAGUGACAUUUUCCUCCCAUCCUCCUCUUUUUCUAUCCCUGAAAAACCUGUUUCCUCGUUGGUCAACGCCCCGUUUCGGUAUUGAUUUCACUGAAAUAAGUACAUAUAUGCUUCUUUUUUUUCCCCCUCUCCAUUUUUUAAAAUUGUUUUCAGGAACCCCCUCGUUUUGCGGGUUUCCUUUUUGUCAAUCGAAAAGUUUGAAUUUAAAUAUUAUUACACGGUAGCGUUGAGCAGCGGUGCCAAGAAAAAAAGAAA